CUGUGUCUGUGAUAGACCCACGUCCUAUUGUAAUAGUGAUAAUUAAUAAUUAUGGGAUAGGCAAUUAAGAUAACAGCUAGUGUCUAAUUGUAGGUCAAGGAUAUGAAAUUCAUAGAUAUUUUAUUUUCUCAAUAAUUUACAAUUCAUAUUUAUUUUGAAAAUGGGUAACCGAUCAUCGUUACUGUUGCGUAAAGAAGAAAUUGCUCAAAUCAGAAAUGAAACUGGAUUCACUGCAAAUCAAAUAGAGCGUCUCUACAGUAGGUUUACCAGUUUGGAUAGAGGCGAUUUAGGUACACUCAGUAGGGAAGAUCUACUGCGUAUUCCAGAKUUGGCGAUAAAUCCUUUAGGAGAAAGAAUCGUUGAUUUAUUCCACGCAGACUUUGGGAAUAAUUGUGAUCGUAUUAAUUUCUUACAAUUCAUGAGAGCGCUGUCUAAAUUUAGACCAAUUCGACCAAAUAAACCAAACAAACAAAACAAUCGAAUGGAGAAAAUAAAAUUUGCCUUUGAUAUGUAUGAUGUUGAUAAUGAUGGAUUGAUAUCAAAGGAUGAGCUAUUGGUUAUUUUACACAUGAUGGUUGGUGCUAAUAUAAGCGAAGAACAGUUGUCUAUAAUUGCAGAUAAGACAAUAUCUGAGGCAGAUGUAGAUGAGGAUGGUUUUAUUUCAUUUGACGAAUUCUGUAAAACAUUCGAAAAGUCUGAUAUUGAACAUAAAAUGUCAAUUAGAUUCUUAAACUAAUCAAACAUGCCUGUUGUCAAUAGAUCAUUCCGUUCAUAUUA